AUGUGCGAGGAAAAAUUUUUGGAUAUCACUGAUAAAAGAGCGAAGGAGCUGGAUAUUGAAUGGUUCAGGUCCUUUCAUCGGUGUACUAUGAUGAGUACUUUCGGUUCAUAUUUGGAUCAUUUUGAAGUAGAACAGCUUCAUUCGUUCAUGCAGUCAAUAUUUGAGGCUGUGUUGAAAAACUAUGUAUGUGAUGCGAGUUUCGAAAUAAGUGUUGAGGAAAAGAAGAAGCGCAAACUGUUGAUGCAAUGUUUGGUAAACGCGGCAAAUUGUUCACAAAAGCUUCGUUCAUGUGCUGAUGAGUAUUCAGAGGGUUGUCUGCGAGCGAUUCUGAAAUUGGAAUGGUUACAAAAUGAAGCGUUUGCUGCAGUGAUCAAUUUUUCAAAGCCUGAAAAUGGCCAGAUGUACUAUCAGAUUGCCUUUGAAUGUAGCAUCUUAUGGAAUCAAGUUUGCCGUGAUAUUAAAAAAUUAGAAAGUGGCGAAGUGAAUACGUCACCACGGAAAAGUAAUGAAUCUCGAAAUUGUAAGACCCUGACAAAAGCUUAUGAUAAAAGGUCUUGGUUAUUAGCAGUAUUUGCUAAGUAUUUGGAACUUAAUGAUGACUUUCUCUCUGUUUGUGGUGAAAUCUUUGGGCUUUCUUCUAUUGGUACAUUUAUUGACAUUGUCGACACUUUGAUGGAAUUUGGUAAACAAGGUUAUAAUAUUAAAUUUGCUGCUGGAAAUGUAAAAUGUAUGUUAACAUUCUUGGAGGAAUCACUAAUGAAAUUUGGCACGUUUGAAAAACGUAGUGAAAUGGAAAAAUGCAAAGAGAUGUGCAAUUUUAAUAAUAUCUUCCGCAUUCAUGUUCUGCUGGAAAUGGUUUUGGAAUUAGUUUCUAUGGAGCAGUAUCAAUCAAUAUUUAAAGCGGAUAUAACAGCUGCGAAAUUGAUUCUUCAUAUAAUUGAGGGAAUACUGCAUUACGAACAUUGUAAAUACCAAAGUCAAACAUACAUUUCCAAAUGCCAAGAAAAAUUCAGCGAUCGACCUGGAAUUAAACUGCUGUCAAGGAAUGCAGCUAAUAUAGAUUGUAUCUAUAAUUUUGCUAUAGCUUUAAGCGCAUUUGAUGAUACGAAAUUGAUUGAAACGAUGAAAUUGUCCUGCCUAGAAUUAUUGGCUAUUCUAUGUCACGAAAAUGAUUUAAACUGUGAAUACUUUGGAGCGAAUGAUAGUAUUUCGUUAUUAUUAAAUUGCAUGUACAUACGCGAUGACCAUAAUCCGGUUGGGAGACUUUAUGCAAUUGCUGCCUUGCGACAUUUAGUUUUAGGUUAUCCACCAAAUCAGUUACGACUUGCUCAGCUUUCAGAGGAACCGUCGGCAAUCAUCGAAAGAGAUGGUUUGUUGAGAGAAUUAGGUUUGUGUGCAGUAUAUGACCAGGAAGCUAAGAAAAUUCGGCUUAUGCCAACACCACGAUAA